CCGCCUGAGGAAAAAAACAGUGAAUGAGCAGCAACGCCACUUCUGUCCUUCAGUGUUGAAGUUAUUCAUCGCACACUUGGCCGAGAACACCUAAGCCUGUUCACGUGUUAAUGCUGUAGUUGGGACCAGAAAACGUCUGUUGCCUUUUGCUCAGUGUUUGUUCGCAGUUCAGUGCAGCUGCGGUCAUGGAGUGUCGCGUGUUGUCCAUUCAGAGUCACGUUGUCAGGGGAUACGUUGGGAACAAGUCGGCAACAUUCCCGUUGCAGGUGCUGGGCUUUGAAGUGGACUCCGUCAACUCGGUGCAGUUCUCCAAUCACACAGGCUAUGCUCACUGGAAGGGACAAGUGCUCACAGCAGAGGAGCUGAAUGUCUUAUAUGAGGGUAUCAAACUCAAUAAGGUGAACCAGUAUGACUACAUUCUCACUGGGUACAGCAGGGACACGUCCUUCCUGGAAGUGGUGGUUGAUAUAAUUCAAGAGCUAAAGAAAGCCAACCCAAGCCUGGUAUAUGUUUGUGAUCCUGUUAUGGGAGACCAAGGUGCUAUGUAUGUUCCAGAGAAUCUAUUGCCAGUAUACAAGGACAAAGUAGUGCCUUUGGCUGACAUCCUCACACCCAACCAGUUUGAAGCCGAGCUGUUAACUGGGAGGAAAAUUAUCACAGAGGAAGAUGCUAUUGAGGUGAUGGACUUGCUUCAUAAAAUGGGUCCAGAGACUGUGGUCCUCACUAGUACUGACCUGCCCUCUAAACGUGGUGACCAGUUCCUGGUGGCUCUUGGGAGCAAAAAAAUAGUGAAACCAGAUGGGACUAACGCCAAUCAGAAAAUCUGCUUGGACAUCCCCAAAGUGGAUGCUGUAUUUGUGGGGACGGGUGAUCUGUUUGCUGCCAUGUUGCUGGCCUGGACUCAUCAUCACCCAAAUGACCUAAAGGCUGCCUGUGAAAAGACCGUGUCAGUGAUGCACCAUGUCAUUAAGAGGACCAUUACUUACGCCAAUGAAAUGGCUGGUCCCGGGAAAAAGCCCAGUCCUGCGCAGCUGGAGCUGAGGAUGGUUCAGAGCAAAGCUGACAUCGAGAAUCCCGCCAUCGUAGUGGAAGCUAAGGUUUUACAGAAGUCGUCACACUGAAGGCAGUCGUGUUUCUCUCUAUCAUUCACAUUGUUCUGGUAUAAAUCACUUUCAUAUGUUGGCGCUCAGCCAGACACAUGGAUUCUCUCAUCAAAGACAUGUCAUGUGUUUCUGCCUUACUCUCUGAGGGAGUACUACUAUGUUAUGGGUCAACAGAAUGUGUUAUGUGUACACUGUGCUCACACACAGAGAAACACUGCAGUGUGUGGCCUGUGUAGAAGUCAUCUGCCUUUUUAAAGAAAGCAAGAAAAAGGACAUUACACGACAAGACGCUGUACUUGAAUCAUACUGUAAUCCCAUUUGUUUCUCACGACAAAACAUUUGAUCUUGGUCGAGCGGAGUACAAACUAAACGAUGCAUGUGUGACCAUGCCUCCACUUGUUUUGGCAAAUAUACUUCAAGUGUGAUGCUCACGAGGCAUUAUAAGCACAUAUAUCAAAAACAGUAGCAUAUGCAAUAUGUACAUUAUUAAUGAUUUCAUUUUAUUGCAAGAUAUGAAUGCAUGCAGUGUGCUUAUAUUGGACUUGGGUGUGUUUAUCAUCCACUUCAAGUAAACAAAACAAAACAAACUUGAGGCAUUUAAGGUUAUACAUUGAUGAGCCACAACUUCAAAACAGUUACAGAUUUUACAGAUUUGACAAAAGUAAAUAAAAAAUGUAUCAGCCACAACAAUUAACUAGUAAUCUGUUUUAAUGUUGUGGCUGCAAAAUGCUUAGACUUGUAUUGUAACUCCCAUUGUGCAGUUAGUACGUAGUCUAUAUGGUUUAGUUUAUUUCACCUUUGUUUAGAGAAAUUUUAAAUUAAUUGAUAAUCAUUAUGAUAAUAGAAAAAUAGUUCUUAAAAAUUUUAAAAAUGUUUUUACCUCCUUACCUUUUUUAAUUAUGCAAUGCUUUCUUGAACUAGCAGAUGUGUAACAUGUUAGAUCCAUGUCUUAAACAUCUCAAAUUGAGGUAUAUGCACAGAUAAUCUUUAAUAUAUUUACUAAUGAUCACUGUUUUGAUUUUUGACAAUUGCCAUAUCUCUAGAAAAGAGUCUGUUAUGUGAAACCAUACUGUAUAAUAGCCUUAACAUGGUAAGGACAAGAAAACAUCACACGUAAUGUUAGAAAGUCCAGUGCCAAACCUUGAACUGCUGCUCUGAUGUAGGUGAAUUGAAGAACAGAAAUAAUAAAUGAUUAAUUUUCAGGUUUGAA